AUGAAUAUCUUAAAAGCUUUUAAUUUUUAUAUCAUAUUAUUGGUUCCUUACUUUUUAGUAUUUAUUCCUGACUUUCGUUUAUCACCAAAAUCAUUAAAACAUAUAUUACAAAUAGAUUAUCAUGAAAUGAAAUUAAUAUCAAAAAGAAAUCUUGCAGAAAGUAUUCCAUAUGUACGUGAAUUUUAUAGUAAAACUACAGACGAUAACACAUUUAUAGAAAAAGAUAUUUUCAUAGAUAAAUUCCCAUAUGCAGAGUAUCUUUUAUCUCUAGAAUUAUUUAAUAAAGUGUAUAAUGAAAAUUAUAGCAUAGAACAAGCUACAGGUAAUAUGGAAGCUAUGCUUGAAAAAAUUAACAGUAGAUUUCAUUUUGAAGGAAUAAAUAUACCUCUUUCUGAAAUGUUUAAUAUAAUAAACAGAAUGACUGAACGUACUAUAGAAUUUUCUUUAGAAUCACCUGAGACUAGGAAAACCCUUUUCAAAAAAAUUCUUGAAUUGGAGAGAGAAGCAACUGAAGAAUUACUGAAAAGUUUAAUUACUGGUGAUGAAGAAGUAAAAAUUAAUAAUAGAGAUAAUAUGGAUAGAAUAUUAGAAAUAGUUCAAAGAAGAUUAAUUAUGCAAAAUAUCAGUUUAUUAGAUAGUGUUGUCACAAAGAUAGCUACCAGAAUAAGCCAAUUUGUUGAAAGCGCUAUAAAUACUUAUAAUGAAAGAUUUAAGAAUCCUCCUUGGAAGAAUGAGGAAUAUGUUCGAUUAUAUUCUAAAUUACAGUAUGAAGUCAUAGAAAAUUUACUAAAUAUAAUAUAUAGUGCAAAUUACUACCAAACAGCAAGAGAUGUUUUCUAUGAUUCUAAACUUAUAAUGGAAACAAUAAAUGAUUACUCUAAAAGAAGCAAUAUUUCAUUGUCAUAUCCUCAACUUAGAAAUAUGUAUAUUAGAGUAAAAGAAUGCAUUAGACUUGUAUCUUUAGAAACAAUAUCAGAAGCUAGAAUUUCGAAUAUGUUGAAAAUUUAUCGUCUUGAGAGUGAAUUAGUUUAUGAGAUCUCAAUGCAAAUUCUUGAUUCCAAUGUGCAGGAAGAUGAAAUAAAUUAUAUUGAUAUGACGAAAGAUAAAACUGAUUAUUUAUUAGAGACAGAAAAUAUUACAUUACCAGAAGAUGUUGAAAAAAUGGCAUAUAGAAUAAGGAGUUAUGUUUUAGAUAUUAUUAGUUAA